AUGAAGAUACAUCCCAUCGGCGAGAAGAAACAGUUGCGAUUAUUACGAAAUAUUGACGAGUGUCAAAAUUCCGACGCAUGUAAAAAAGAAAACGAAGUGUGCGUGAAUUCAGUUGGAUCAUUCCGCUGCGACUGUGCUGCAGAUCACAAACGCGACGAUAAAAACAAUUGUGUGCUCGAUAUUGAAGCACCUCCAUAUCGAACAAUAGUGCCUCCCGAUCAGCUUCUACGCUUCAUUUCAAUGUCAUCUCUCGUUUUCAUCAUCACUUUCGUCGUCUGGUACCGAUCUCCGUUGCUCUACGUUCUUACGGCCAUCGCUGUCGUCGCACUAAUCUUAGUUGAUCUUUAUAUUACUCCACAAUCGGUUCCCGAUGAAGCGAAACGGUUCCUCGGAUACUAA